UCCAUAAAUGCUACAAUCUCCUCCCUCUCUUCAUCACAUAAAUCAAACGCAGAGAACUUUCGAUUAUUUUUAGCUUUCACCAUGCACAAGAGUCCUUCAGGUUCACUAGGCCCAGGAGGGCUGGACUUGAGCCAGGUCUUCUUCAAGCCCAUCCACAACACUGCUCCUCCUUCCCCCACCAAGCGCCACACCAAAAUCUCCGUUGUUGGCACGGGCAAUGUCGGGAUGGCCAUCGCCCAAACCAUCCUCACCCAAGACUUGGUCGACGAGCUCGCUCUCGUUGAUGCAAAGGCAGACAAGCUCCGCGGAGAAAUGCUCGACCUUCAACACGCCGCUGCCUUCCUUCCUCGCACCAAAAUCCUUGCUUCUGCUGAUUAUUCCAUCACUGAAGGAUCCGAUCUCUGUAUCAUCACUGCCGGUGCCCGCCAGAUCCCAGGAGAGUCUAGGCUGAACCUGCUGCAGAGAAACGUUACCCUGUUUGAAAUGAUUAUCCCUCCGCUUGCUAAGUACUCCCCCAAUUCCAUUUUGAUGAUUGUUUCUAAUCCAGUUGACGUUCUGACGUACAUUGCGUGGAAGUUAUCUGGGUUUCCAUCGAAUCGGGUUAUCGGAUCUGGCACGAACUUGGACAGUUCAAGGUUUCGGUUCUUGAUCGCGGAUCAUCUCGACGUUACCGCCCAGGACGUGCAGGCUUACAUCGUCGGGGAACACGGUGACAGUUCAGUGGCAUUAUGGUCCAGCAUAAGUGUCGGUGGGGUGCCGAUAUUGAGCUUCUUAGAGAAGCAGGAAAUCGCCUACGAGAAGGAGACACUGGAGAACAUUCACAAAGCAGUUGUGGACAGUGCAUACGAAGUGAUUAAUCUCAAGGGCUACACUUCUUGGGCAAUUGGCUACUCUGCGGCUAACUUGGCUCGCUCCAUACUUAGAAAUCAGAGGAAAAUUCAUCCUGUUUCAGUUCUUGCAAAGGGCUUCUAUGGCAUUGACGGUGGAGAUGUGUUCUUGAGCUUGCCAGCGCAGUUGGGUAGAGGCGGAGUCUUGGGAAUCACCAAUGUACAUUUGACGGAGGAAGAGGCACAACGACUCAGGGACUCGGCUAAGACUCUCCUGGAUGUGCAAAGCCAGUUGGGAAUAUAAGUGGCUAGCUCUAUGGACAUCAUGUGACUACAUAUGCUGUAUUUCAUCUUCAUUUUCUUUAAAUUUCUUUAGUUUCCUGUAUAUGCAGAAAAUUAAAAAAUAUAUUCAGGAUAAAAAUUUAAAUUAUAGAAAUAUUAUUUAUUGUAUUUUGUUUUCAAGAGAAAAAUAUAAUUGAAUAAAUUUUUUCGUAUGUAAUGAAGUUUUUAGUUAUUUCAAGAGAAAAAUAUAAUAAAAUAACCCUCAAUUUAAUCU